UCGCUUAAUUAACGAACUGGAUAAAUAAAUAAAUUCAUUUAUCCCGACGCAUUUCUGGGUCAAGUUUAUUUAUACAUAAUUGCUGCAGAUCCAUCGUUUCCAUCUUCUUAGAUUCGCUUAGAUACUUAGGGUUUGGUGUAGUAGUUUUAAGUUCAAUGAUUGCGAAGAAGAGGGUUCAAGUUCUUCUCUUUCUCGUUGGCCUACUAAUUCUCAGCAUCACCGCUGAAAAAUGUAGGGAGUUGGUUGGUCAAGAGGCUGCAUCGAAGAGUGGAGAAUUUACUUGGUUGCACUGUUUUGAUGGGAGUACGGGAAGUGUAGCAUGUUUAGUCAAGGAAGGUGUGAAGCUGUACUCUUAUAACAUCAGAUCUUCUCAUGUGGAGAGAGCAAGGAACUCAGCAAUCGAGACUGCUCUGACUGAUGCCAUAUCACAAGGCAUCGCAGCAAAAGAAGCAGCUAAACUAGCUCAGAAAGAAGGAGCAAAAGCUGCAAAACUGGCCGUGCGACAAACCAAGCGUAUUGUUGGUCCGAUAAUUUCUGCAGGAUGGGACUUUUUUGAAGCACUUUAUCUUGGUGGUACACCAACUGAGGGGGUAUUGAGGGGUUCAGGCACCUUGUUUGGUGCCUAUUGGGUUGGCUAUCUUGGGGAGCAGACCUUGGGUAGGUUUGGUUACUUGGUUGGAAGCGAGUUGGGAAGUUGGGUUGGAGGAAAGGUUGGAUUAAUGAUGUAUGAUUUAGUUAAUGGAGUGGAUCAUUUACUAGCAUUUCUCCAACUAAAGGAAAUAGAAGUCGAUGGAACUGUGUCGGAUGAAUUGUACAAGGAAACUAUAGCUGAUUCCAAGGUGCCCAAGGACUCGUAUGAUAGUGAAUCAACUACAUAUACAAGCUUUGAAGCUCCAGAAGAGUCUAGUAGUUAUGAAGCUCCUGCUUAUGAGGACCCUGAAGUCCAUGAAGAAUUUUAGAUCGGAUGACGUUCAAACUGGUCUUUAUACCUGGUUCUUUAGAUAUUAGUAAUCAUCAAUUUUCCUUGGCUUUAUCAUGAUUUGUACAGGGGGAGAUUGUAUUUUGUUCUGUUAUAUGAAACUUUUACCUCAUUGACUUGUAAAAUGGCCCAUCAUAAUACAAUUACUUGGCCCACACAUAAUGAAUUUGGUGUAGUUUUGGAUGUAUUUCAGAUGACAAACAAAGCAGGAAUUGAUAGUGCUAGUGGUUAUAAUUGUUACAACUUGCAA